AUGAUCUCUGGUUUGGCAAUGCACGGAGAAAGCUUUGAAGCGAUCAUGGAGUUUAGGGAGAUGGUGAACAGAGGAUUAAGGCCGAAUCAGGUGACUUUGGUUGCUUUUUUAAACGCUUGUAGUCAUGGGGGUUUGUUGGAUAUAGGGGUUGAGGUUUUUAAUUCUAUGGAGAGAGUUUUCGAUGUUGAACGGCAGAUUGAGCAUUACGGAUGUAUAGUUGAUCUUCUUGGUCGUGUGGGAAGACUAGAGGAAGCGUAUAGAUUCAUAGAAAACAUGCCGAUAGAACCUGAUCAUAUCAUGUUAGGAGCUCUUUUGAGUGCUUGUAAGAUCCACGGAAACAUGGAACUCGGUGAGAAACUCGCCAAGAGACUGAUAGACUCUGAGGAUUUAGAUUCUGGGACGUACAUUCUCUUAUCGAAUAUCUACGCUUCAUAUGGAAAAUGGAAAGAAUCUAAUGAAAUCAGAGGAAGUAUGAGAGACUCAGGCAUUGACAAGGAACCUGGUUGCAGUACCAUCGAAGUGGACAACCAAGUUCAUGUGUUUUUUGUGGGAGAUACAUCACACCCUGAGAAAGAAGCUAUUUAUCAGAGAUUACAAGAACUGAAUCGAACUCUUAGGUUUGAAGAUGCUAUGUUGUAUAUCAAUGACAUGUAG